AUGUAUCGAAACUCGAGAGUCGCUUCGAGCGGUUGCUCCGCAGGUCGACUGAUCCUGUGCACGAGUGAUAAGUUACAGCGGAGGUUCUAUCGUGGUGCUGCCGCGGGUGCUGUCUACGGCCACAGAGAGCGACAGCCACGAGAUUAUCAAGUGGCAAAGAGCGACCUGGAGUUACGCGCGAAAAAUAUAAAUUUCUACCAGCUUAUCAAAGCUUAUCGAGAAUUUGGCCACAAGCAGGCUGACAUAGAUCCGAUACGACUAUCGAAACUAGCUCCCGUGGCCGAACUCGACGCCUCAAGAUACGGACUGGUAGAAAGCGAGCGCGUCACGUUGCGAGGUUUACUGGGCGCCGAGAAUGCAGAAUCGAGCAGCCACGCCGAGGCCUUGGACAUCUUGCGGAGCCUCUACUGCGGCACCAUGUCGGCCGAGUUCAGCUACCUCGAGACGGAGGAGGAGCGCGAGUGGUUCGCUCGUAAUUACGAAGCCAUCCAUCGCGAGCCGAUCGCCGACGAGACCAAGCGCGCCAUAGCCCGAGAGAUGCUCAAGAGCCAGGCGUUCGAUCGCUUCCUCGCUCGCCACUUCGGAAAGGACAUACGCUUCGGCGCCGAGGGUGCCGAGAGCACGAUGGCCUUCUUUCACGAGCUGUUCGAGCUCAGCUCGGCCGCCACGAGCUCUCUCCGCGAGCUGGUUCUCUGCAUGGCCCACCGCGGCCGCCUCAACUUUCUCACGGGUACAAAAAGUAUACAGAAAAGGACCUACAGAGAGCGAGAACGCCCGUACAUAGGAUUGAACUUACGAACUUACUCANGGGGGGGAAUACGUAAUAUUGUAUUUGUUGUCGUCUGUCGUGAGCAGAUGGUCGUCAAAGCCACGAGGAUCGCCUUCAAUUAUCAGAGAAAAUUCCGCAAAGACGUGUUCGUCGAUCUCAACUGCUUCCGGCGCUGGGGACACACCGAGCCAGACGAUCCGACCUACACCAAUCCACUCGUUUACAAUACGAUCAUAAAUAACAGACCAUCGAUCCCGGAUCGCUACGUAGAACGACUGAUCGAGAGUAAAGUUUUGAGCGACGAGGAAGCUACGGAAAUGGUGCGAGAAUACACGUCGAGGCUGAACGAGGCUUUGAAACGCGCCGACGAUUACGUGCCGGAAGACACCUCGUUUCGGGGACGAUGGUCGAAGAUCAAACAGGCUGGUGCAUCCGUGACCACUUGGGACACGGGCAUCGAUCUCGAUCUCUUGAGGUACAUCGGUAAAAAGAGCGUCGAGUAUCCCGAAACGUUCGGUAUUCAUCCUACAUUAAAGAAGAAGCACAUCGAAGCCAGACUGAAAAAAGUCGAGGAGGGCAGGGGGCUGGAUUGGACGACGGCCGAGGCCAUGGCGUUCGGCAGUCUUCUGCAUCAGGGCUACGGCGUGAGGCUCGGCGGUCAAGACGUGGCGCGGGGUACCUUCGCCCAGAGACACGCCACGUUCGUCGAUCAGUCCACGGGCGAGACUUACGUGCCUCUCAACGCCAUGUCGGGCGACGAGCGAGUGGGCAAGAUCGAGGUGGCCAACAGCGUCCUGUCCGAGGAGGCCGUGCUGGCCUACGAGUACGGCGUGAGCGUCACCCUGCCCGACUGUCUGACCAUCUGGGAGGCGCAGUUCGGCGACUUCUACAACGGCGCCCAGUCGAUGAUAGACACGUACGUGAGCGCCGGCGAGACCAAGUGGCGCCAGAGCAGCGGCCUGGUGAUUCUGCUGCCGCACGGCUACGACGGGCCCGGCCCCGAGCACAGUUCCGGCAGACUCGAGCGAUUUUUGCAGUUGACGGAUAGCCGAGAGGACGGAGUCGACGGUGACGAUGUGAAUAUGCACGUGGUCAAUCCGUCCACUCCUGCGCAGUAUUUUCACUUGUUGAGGAGACAGAUGGUGAGAAGCUUCAGGAAGCCGUUGAUAGUGAUCACACCGAAGACGCCGAUGCUUCGAAAUCCUGCGGUCGUGUCGUCUCUCGACGAGCUAUCUACUGGCACAACGUUUAAAUCUGUCAUCGGCGACGACAAAGUGAUCGACGAAAAUGUCACGAAAAUCAUAUUGACAUGUGGCAAACAGUAUUACGAGCUCGACAAAUACAGAAACGAUCGUAACUUGCGAGAUGCAGCUAUCGUCAGAGUGGAGAGUCUCUGUCCUUUUCCAGCGCUUGAAAUCAACGAGCAGCUUCAGAAGUAUAAAAAUGCACAAACUUACGUUUGGAGUCAAGAGGAGCCGCGAAACAUGGGAGCUUGGAGUUUUAUAAAGCCACGAUUCGAAAAUCUAUGCGGUCGAAAGUUACGUUAUGCUGGUCGAGAGCCCCUUGCAACGCCAGCUGUUGGUAUUGGAAAAUUGUAUCAAAGUCAGAGCGAAGAUGUCGUCGUGCAACCGUUUGCGAUGAAAUGAAACCGAAGAUAAGGGAAAAAAUGAAGAUUCAACUUUUUUAACCAUUCCAAGUGAAAAAAAUAUGUCAAAAUUCUUCAAAGAAUACCAUUAUUUAUGGCAAUUGUAUUCAAAACUAAAAAUAUUACAUUUUACAUCAAAUUUUCCCCUUGUGAGAAAAAUCAGUUCGAGUUCUUCAAAAGAAUUUUACUUGUACAUUAAUUAUAUCGUAAAUGAAAAAUGUUUAAUAUCCAGCAUAUUUUGCUUCCUCGUAGAGGAAGCUUUGUGAUGGGUCUAAAAUGGAAUUUUGUCAAUUAUUGUGUCUCAUAUAUCGCCACUGCCUAGGAAAACAAUCGCUUUUGAAAAAUAACUCAACGCAAAAUAACUAAAUAACGUUUAUCUGGAGUAUAAUCUUCAGAGCAAAUUUUUGAGCUAUCGUUUUCGUUGUCAGCGGCGAUAUUCAUAAACUAGAUCGAAUUUGUAACUGAUGACUGUAUGUAUAUAUGUGUCUGUAUGUGCGGAAUAUAUGUAUGUGGAACGAGUUUUCUCAAUAAUGGGACGAUGAAUGUCAUUGAAAUAAACUGCAUUUUUUGAGAAUGAA